UCUAACAACAGAGAGGCUGAGAGACGGAGAGGGAACUUUCGAUUUUCGAUCUCCUUUAUUCCUCAUUAUUUCUUUCAUUUAAAUAAUAAAAUAAUAUCGAAGUGUAGAAACCCCCGCUCUUUGAUAUGCUAAAAAUCAGAACGAAAUACUUGGCAUCAUGAAGUUUCGAGGGAAAAUUACUGACAUAGGUUACAUCCAGCAUUUCACAAACGUUGUUGGAACAAUUGCGAAGCUGGUCAAGUCUUGUAUAUUGAGGAUAACAGAAGAUAAAGUUUUCUUUAUUCUCUCCGAGCGAGUUGGAGACACUGGUGCGCAGGUGUGGUGUGAAUUAUCACAGAGCCAUUUUUUUAAUGAGUAUGCGAUGGAAGGAGUAUCAGAAGAAGCGAAUGAAAUCUACCUGGAAGUUUCUCCUGAUCUGCUUCUUCGCUCUCUCAGGACGGCCAAUACGGCAAAGUGGCUGAAGAUAAAACUCACAAAGAAACACACGCCUUGCCUUACAUUUGAAAUAGAUUUGCCGAGUGGUACGUUACAUCAAAGGUUGGUAGUUCACGAUGUCCCAGUGACAGUGGUUGCUAGGAAGCACUGGCCAGAUUUUGCAGAACCAGUGAUGCCCAAAUUUGAUGUGAGCAUCGCCCUGCCCCAAUUACGCUUACUCAAAAGUGUUGUAGACAAGAUGAAAAACCUCAGCAACUAUGUGGCCUUGUCAGCAAAUUGCAAUGGUGAGAUGAAGCUGUCAGUGGAGACAGAUAUGGUAGCCGUCAACACUCACUUUCAGGGGCUUCACAAUCCAUCCUGGUGUCGAGACGGAGGGGAUGGAGGCCUGUCGUCUCAGUCGGGGGAUCUGGAUCGAGACCCUCAGGAAUUUGCCACGUCUCGUGUCCACAUUCGGCGCUUCGCACAGUUCCUCAACAGCCAGCAGGUCAACCCGGACAAAGUGGUGUGCAAUAUUGUCCACCAUCGCAUGGCUCACUUCUUCCUGAUGCAUGACGACGUGACGUUACAGUAUUUUCUGCCUGUGGUGUCAAGAUGAUGAUUCUUGAUUGUUCACCAUUCCUACCAUCGCAAUGUUCUGGUAUAUGCUCUAAAUGUGUGUUUGUGGAAAAACUGAGUCAACUCUUUUUGUUUUUUGUUGUAAAACCUGCCUUAGGUAUCGACAUCGAUCUGAGAGUGUGGUUGGUUGAUAGGUGCUCUGAUGUGGUUUGCUCCUUCUUUCCAAUGAAACAUUUAUUGUCCUCUUCUCUUCUCCUCCUUUUCUU